ACGAAUAAAAAACCAAGCGGAAACGUGUGUUUGUCUUCCACGCGUCUUCUUUUGGGACAGUAGGUGAUAUUCGGGUGCGCAUUGGACACAGAGCAAAUUUUACUUGCUUUACUUGCUCUGCCCGCUAUCCAUCAUAAACCCGUAUUUUUAAGAAUAGUUGUGGAUUGACUGCAAGGAACUUCUUGGGGCCAGGGAUUUCAUAGUAGCCUACACCGACUGUGGAUUUUGUCACAUUGGCAUACAAUGACAACUUCCACCCGUACAAAGACAGAUCAUUUGGAUUCCACUGAUCCCCAGGUUCUGGACUAUAUGCUGGUUCCUCACCGGAACUUCAACCUGAUCAAUGGGGUCCACUCUCCCGACGAGGUCGACCAGAUCCAGAACUGGGAGAUCCGAGAUUCAGACAUAUUCGCCGUCACUUAUCCCAAGUCAGGGACGAUCUGGAUGCAGCAGAUUCUGACUCUGAUAGAAGCCAAAGGUGACGUCACUCCAAACACAGAGCAUCUCAACGCGCAGCGCGUCCCAUGGAUCGAGCUGAUUGGCAGUGAGAAGGAGUUUAACGCUACCCCUUCCCCCAGGCUACGAGUCACCCACCUGCAGUACAAGUUCAUGCCUCUCGCCAUCAGACAAAAGAGGGGAAAGGUGAUCUAUGUGGCCAGAAACCCUAAGGAUGUUCUCGUGUCCUAUUACCACUUCCACAAAUAUGCAGCCAUGCUGGAGACGCCAAAGGACUUCAAUGAUUUCUUUGAGAAAUUCAUGGAAGGGAAAGUUUUUGGGAACUGUUGGUUUGAGCACAUCAAGACGUGGUACGCUAAUAGAGACAACAUGAACUUCCUGUACAUCACAUAUGAAGAGAUGAUCAAGGACCUGCGCUCCAUGGUGGAGAGGAUGUGCAGGUUUCUAGGGAAGGAUUUGACAGAGGAGCAGAUGGCCAGUGUGGUGGAACACAGCACCUUUAGAACCAUGAAACAGAACCCGCAGGCUAACUACAAGACAGUGCCUGACUCCCUGCUUGACCACAACAAGGGCACGUUUAUGAGGAAAGGGACCAUUGGGGACUGGAGGAACCAUUUCACUGUUGCACAGAGUGAGAGAUUUGACAGUGUCUUCCAGGAGAAGAUGAGGGACCUGCCCCUCUCCUUUGCGUGGGACAUCAAUGACGUCAAUAGUGCCACGUAAUGACAUCCUAGUCACGUCUUGCAGGGAUUUUUUAAAUCCUUGGGCGGGCCCCCUAAGCAUUUUUUCGGGUCACCUAAGUCCAAACAGUGUAAAAAGAAAAAAUUCAGGAUGGAAAAACGCUUUCACUGUAAAUUUAAAUAACUAAAUGUCUUUUUUUUAUACCACAGCAUUAUUGAAUACUUGUUUAUGAUGUACAGAACGUGGGCAUUUAUCCCUUACAUAAUAGAACCUUUGAAAACUAACAGUCACCUAAAUAAAAGCUAGACAGUCAGGGACAAUUAAAAAAUCCCCCAAACAAUUAAUUUAGCACUACAGAUUUCAUGUUUGAGCAAAAGAACACAGAAUUAGCCAUCGUAAAAUGCAUAGAAUUGCAGAAAAUGUGCUUUUAAACGGAAAAUGUUUCUCGGCUCCAUGGCAGAAUAUGUAGAAUCGCAGGGAAUUUGCUUAAAAACGGCAAAGACGAGGGCCUCUAAAAUGUUCUCUAAAAUUCAUGCCCCUGCCACGUCCACCACCUAAGCCCAUCACUGAUCCAGAAAAAACACUGCCUUAGUUACAAGUUACCCUAGAUAACUUAAUAAGCUACACUGAACAAAAAUGUUUCAUGAGUUGAAAUAAAAGAUCCCAUAAAUUUUCCAUACACACAAAAAGCUUAUUUCUCUCAAAUUUUGUGCACAAAUGUGUUUACAUACCUGUUGGUGAGCAUUUUUCAUUUGCCAAGAUAAUCUAUCCACCUGUCUCAAGUUGAGGGAGUGUGCAAUUGGCAUGCUGACUGCAGGAAUGUUCACCAGAGCUGUUGAAUGUUAAUUUCUCUACCAUAAGCCACCUCCGUUUUAGAGAAUUUGGCAGUACGUCCAACUGACCUCAUAACCGCACACCACGUGUAACCACGCCAGCCCAGGAUCUCCACAUCCGGCUUCUUCACCUGCGGGAUCUUCUGAGACCAGCCACCUGAUAAAACUGUGUUUACACAUCCAAAGAAUUUCUGCACAAAUUGUCAGAAAUCAUCUCGGGGAAGCUCAUCUGUGUGCUCGUUGUCCCAACCAGUUUCUUGACCUGACUGCAGUUUGGCGUCAUAACCAACUUCUGUUGGCAAAUGCUCAUCUUUGAUGGCCACUGGCAUGCUGGAGAAGUGUGCUCUUCACAAAUUAAUCCCAGUUUCAACUGUACCGGGCAGACAGCAUGUAUGGCCUUGAGUGGUUUGCCGAUGUCAGCGUUGUGAACAGAGUGCCCCACGGUGGGGUUAUGGUAUGGGUAGGCAAAAACUACGGACAACAAUUUUAUCGAUGGCAAUUUGAAUGCACAGAUACCAUUACAAGAUCCUGAGGUCUAUUGUCGUGCCAUUCAUCCGCCGCCAUCACCUCAUGUUUCAGCAUGACAAUACACAGCCCCAUGUUGCAAGGAUUUUCACAUUCCUGGAAGUUGAAAAUGUCCCAGUUCUUCCAUGGCCUGCAUACUCACCAGACAUGUCACCUGUUGAGCAUGUUUGGGAUGCUCUAGAUCAACAUAUGACAGCGUGUUCCAGUUCCUGCCAAAAUCCAGCAACUUCACACAGCCAUAGGAAAAGAAGUGGGACGACAUUCCGAAGGCCACAAUCAACAGCCUGAUCAACUAUGCAAAGAUGUUGCUCUCUGAGGCAAAUGGUCAUACCAGAUACUGACUGGUUGUCUGAUCCACACCCUUACCUUUCUUUUGAAGGUGUCUUGUGACCAACAGAUGCUUAUCUGUAUUCCCAGUCAUGCAAAUCCAUAGAUUAGGGCCUAAUGAAUUUAUUUCAAUUGACUGAUUUCCUUAUAUGAACUGUAACUCAGUAAAAUCUUUGAAAUUGUUGCAUGUUGCAUUUAUACAUUUACAUUUAAGUCAUUUAGCAGACGCUCUUAUCCAGAGCGACUUACAAAUUGGUGCAUUCACCUUAUGGUAUUUUGUUUCAGUGUAGUAGCCAUCAAUCCAAAUUGUAUAUUAAGGUUUCUAUUUUACAGAGGGAAAAACUGUUUUGCAAGUGUAUAGUAACUUCUCAUGUGCUGUACCCACAAUCUUUGUCAGUUUUGAACGUGUAUAAAAAAAUGUAUUCAUAAAGUUGAAAGAAUUGAAAUAUAUUUAAAAAAAGCAAUUGUCUUGACUCAUUUUAGCUAUAUGGUGAUUGAAUAAGGAAACAGUGAAUUCAACCAGUGUCUUUUGAAAGUUAUGUUCUGUAACAAAACGUGCUGCUGCCCUCUGUGGGCCAGUCAGAGUUUCUACAACUGCCUUGUGAAUUCCAAGCCGGCAAGCACUUAUUCCCUAUUUUUCCACAUUCAGAUUAUCUCGAUGGCAAUGUAAAGUCCUUAGUCACCCACAUCCAAGAAAAGUACUUAACACAAAAUUCACAAAUGCGAGUUAUAGAUCUUUCAUUCUCAUUGAAAGCAAGUCUAAGAAGCAGCAGAUCUGUUCUAUGUGAGCUAUUUCUAUGCUACCUGUUUAAGUAUCUUUAACUUUUGGUUUUGUACACCAGCUUCAAACAGCUGACAAUACAAGAUUUUUGUUUAUGGAAAAGACAUUUCACAGCGAUUUAGAUGGU